AUGGCAGCAGCUCAGGGAGCAGGAAGCAGCUCAGCUGGACCAUCCGGACCCAGCUCAGCCCCAGGGCACAGCAGCAACUCCACAGCGGUGGCGGUGUGGGAAUGGCAGGAUGAAUUUGGCAAGUGGAGGCCCUACCGAGGGAACGUCUGCAGCUACAUUGAGCAGGUUUUUCAGGCCUCUCAGCAGAAGGGCAGGCCUUCAGGAUCGAGGCCUGUCAGCAGCAUCCCUUUAGGACAUGCAGAUCCUGUCUUGGCCCCCUACGUCAUCGACAUCCAAACCUGGACGCAGUUCCGGCAGGACACAGGAACCAUGCGGGCUGUUCGCAGGCACCUCUUCCCCGGGGACUCGGCUGCUGGGCAUGGCAUUGUCUGGGAGUGGCAGAAUGAUGAAAGGGGUUGGUCCCCUUAUGAGAUGAAGGUCUGUGUGUUUCUGGAGCAAGCCCAUGCCACGAGUCACCAGCAAGUAGAUCUUGGACCCUUGGGCUACAACUAUGAAGUUGACUUUGCUGCUCAAGUCCAGAUCAACAAGACCACGAAGUUCCGCCGCAGCGUCCAGAGGCGUUUGGACACCCCGUACCCAGUGAUAACCUCCCUGGCAUCCCUUCACACAGGGGUGGCUUGUUCCUGCCAGCAGUGCUGGUUGAACAGUGGGACUGGUCCUAUCACCACACGCUACCGACAUUCCAUGAUAAACUUCCCCAACUCUUCCACUACUCAUCAGGUUUCCGGGAGGACAGCGUCAGUAAGUUCUUCCAGCGUCGGCUUCGUGCCCUAUAACAAACCAACUUUGUCUGGAGCAAGGUCAACACCCAGACUCAAUGCACAGAGCACCUGGGCUUUGCCUCAAGCUGUGGGUCCCAGCACAGGACUGUCUGCAGCUAAUGGAGUCAGUGCUCUGAACCUCCCAGUCAAGAUGCCCAAGCCCAGCAAGGUGAACCAGGCCCUGGCAGCUACACCAACUGAUCCAGAAGCAGUGGUGAAGAAGUACUUGGAAGAGGUGAAGGGCACUCCUGCUGAUGAGGACUGUAUCAUCUGCAUGGAGAAGCUCUCCUCCCCCUCAGGCUACAGUGACACGUGCAGGAGCAGCAGCAUCAAGGCAGAGUCUGUGGGUCGCCUGAGCAGCUGCCAACAUUCCUUCCACAUGCUGUGCCUGCUGGCCAUGUAUUCCAACGGGAACAAGGAUGGGAGUUUGCAGUGCCCUUCCUGUAAAACCAUCUACGGGGUGAGAACGGGUACCCAGCCCAAAGGGAAGAUGGAAGUCUGCACUUUCCCCCAGUCCCUCCCUGGGCACAAGGACUGUGGGACCAUCCAGAUCGUGUAUCGCAUCAGCAGUGGCAUCCAGGGCCCUGAGCACCCCAACCCUGGGGCACCAUACACAGCAAGAGGCUUUCCUCGCUACUGUUACCUGCCAGACAAUGAGAAGGGCAGGAAGGUCCUGGAGCUCCUGAGGGUGGCCUGGAAGAGACGCCUGAUUUUCACCGUGGGCACCUCCAGCACCACCGGUGAGAGCAACACGGUGGUGUGGAACGAGAUCCACCACAAGACAGAGAUGGACACAAACCUGAGUGGCCAUGGCUACCCUGACCCCAACUAUCUGGACAAUGUGCUGGCAGAGCUGGCUGCUCAGGGUGUCACUGAGGACUGUCUGGGACAAUGAGCUGAGGUGGGGCCUGGCUGUGCUGUGCAUGGGUCAGGGGCCCACCUAGUGCACUUAUUCCUGUUGCCUUAAGUUCCUGUGUUUGACCACCUGUCACACUGAGCAAUAACACUGUCCUGUGGGAG